AUGUGGCGCUCUAGGUGGGAUGCUGGUAUCCUGAAGGCCGAGGCCCUGGCCCUGCUCCCCUGCGGCCUGGGCAUGGCGUUCUCUCAGUCACACGUGAUGGCGGCGCGGCGGCACCCGCAUGGCCGGCUCAUUAUUGAGGUGGAUGAGUACAGCUCCAACCCCACCCAGGCCUUCACCUUCUACAACAUCAACCAGGGCCGCUUUCAGCCACCUCACGUGCAGAUGGUGGACCCAGUGCCUCACGACGCCCCAAAGCCACCUGGCUACACACGCUUCGUCUGUGUUUCUGACACCCACUCAAGGACAGACCCCAUCCAGAUGCCCUAUGGUGAUGUGCUGAUCCAUGCCGGGGACUUCACGGAGCUAGGGCUCCCGAGCGAGGUGAAGAAGUUCAAUGAAUGGCUGGGCAGCCUGCCCUACGAGUACAAGAUCGUGAUUGCGGGCAACCACGAGCUGACCUUCGACCAGGAGUUCAUGGCUGACCUCAUCAAGCAGGACUUUUAUUACUUCCCGUCCGUGUCCAAGCUGAAGCCGGAGAACUAUGAGAAUGUCCAGUCGCUGCUGACCAACUGCAUCUACCUGCAGGACUCGGAGGUCACCGUGCGUGGCUUCAGGAUCUACGGCUCCCCGUGGCAGCCCUGGUUCUAUGGCUGGGGAUUCAACCUCCCGCGAGGGCAAGCGCUGCUGGAAAAGUGGAAUCUCAUCCCGGAAGGUGUUGAUAUCCUCAUAACUCACGGACCACCACUGGGCUUUCUAGACUGGGUUCCCAAGAAGAUGCAGCGUGUGGGCUGUGUGGAGCUGCUCAACACGGUUCAGAGGCGAGUCCAGCCACGGCUGCAUGUCUUUGGCCACAUUCAUGAAGGCUAUGGUGUCAUGGCGGACGGGACCACCACCUAUGUGAAUGCAUCCGUAUGCACUGUGAACUAUCAGCCUGUUAACCCUCCCAUAGUCAUCGACCUCCCAACACCCCGGAACUCCUGACUGCUCCCCACUCCAGCUCUGCCUGCCCAUGUCAGCUCCGUGUAUCUGGCCGAGAGCCUGGAUCCCCUAACCCGCCUCCUCCCAUGCAGAACAGCCCAGACGGUCCAUCUGGCCAUAGGACCAGCCAGCAAUGAGUAGAAUCCUUGGGAUAAAAGAAAUCGCCUUUGACUGUCAGCCUUCUGCCACCCGCUGCUGGGGCCUUGAGCAGCCCCAUCGGGGCACCGUGCUCACUUCUGUUUUCUGUGUGUCCGUCUGUCCUUCAUCGCAGGGCCUCACAGGCUCACAGCCCUCUCUGGUUGGGGAAAUGAUGGAAGUGUCACCACACUCGAUCAGUACCCUCCUGCUCUGAGGAGCCACUGCCCUUGGAUGAGUUCUGGGAAGUUUUUAUACACAUGUCCUGCUACCCAAGUGCAUCUCCGUGGCUGUGAGCCCCACGGUUGGGGGGUGUGGCCUGGGCACACACAGCCCUCCCCUGGCUGGAGGAAAGGAGAUAGGCCUGCUCCUUGUGUGCAGGGAUCUCGGAGUGUUCAGGGACAUCUCAGGAAUUCCGACAGCCCCUGGCCAGGCCUACAGCCAUUGGCUUGGCUUAGUCCCUCUUCUUCCUUAGGACCCUGCUGCCGAUGUGGACAGUGGACAGGUGUCCCUAGCUUCUGCUUAGAGCCUGGAUCUGGGGGGCUUGGUCCUUCUGGGUGGUUCUUCUGGCUGACUCCUCAAUAACAGUGAGGCCAUCUUGGGCCCCCUGGGACCACAUAACUCUGUAGAUCACAACAUCCAAGGGGGUUCUGCGGGCUGAUCCCCUGUGCCUGGCCAUAUACAUGUCCAAUCUGUGUGGCACACACACCCUUCCAUUCCUAACCUGGUUCUGUUCGUGUCCACAAUGGGCUUCAUUUCUUGAUGUGAUUUUCCCUUCAGAGGAUUGUUUGCUGGGCUUGUCAGUACCACCGGUUACCAGGAGGUGGCGCCAUGACAGAGCAGCCCUGAGCACUGAUGGCAAGGCCACCUGGGGUUGCAGCCUUUCUUGGGUUAGGCCUGGGUGAGCCCAUCUGCAGGGGACAGAGCCAGCAGGCCCUGGGGCAGGAGCAGGCAGGGUCAGAAGUUGUCAUUAUUUAAAAUGCUGAUAUUUGUUCUCUGUGGACUAUUUUUGCACUUAUUCUUAGUAACACGUCACAAAAAUAAUUAUUAUUUGUCCUGACCCUUGCUGUUUUACACCUUCUGUGUCGUUCAUCUGACACAAAGGCCUCACUUCCUUGGCCUGGCCCCAGGCUUGGGGACCAGCUAUCCUGGUACCUUUCAUUCAGUAUAAUGUUGGUUUAUCUAUGAUCAUUCCUGCAAGGUAGGUGGAUACUCUUGCCCUGUUAAAGAGAAGAGGCCACUGAGGCCAGAGAGACGAGGUCACUCGCCUGAGGAUGUACAGCACAAAGUGGGCAGCAACGAGAUUAGGACCUCAUCUCUGGUCUCCCAGCCCUCACUGUCACCACCAGAGUUCUCUCCACAAGGCAAGGCAUGUGCCAAGACUUUCAUUUUAAAGGGUCCUGUUCAAAACUGGCUCGCGUUCAUUCUCGAUGGAGAGCCCCUUAGACCCUAUGGAAUUCUGAGCUUUGAGCCUGGUACCCCAUCAUCGUGUGAGACCCAUUUCCAAUUCUUUUCCUGCAAAUGAAUGAGCCAGGCUCAUGCGAUGGUUCUCUGUAGGUGGGGCUGCAUUCCCAGGAGGCCUGUGGUGCUAGGACAGGAGUGCCUCACCGGCUGCAGGAAUCCCGGUUGGGCCAAGUGGUUCUUGGUGUGUGGGGACAUUUACAAGGCCUCUUCUCUGUGCCUCAGAUGCAUGGCAUGUUUGGGGCAGAGGAAACGCACCUCCCGUGUGCUGUCUCAUCUCUACAGUUUCUAUGUGGACCAAGAACUAUAAACUUUUAAACAAAGGUUUUUCCUAGGGCAUCUUCAGAAUAUGGCAUAUUUUUAUGUGGAGAAGAAAA